AAAAAAACAAGUGGUUGGAAAACAGUUUUCAUUGGAGAGACAGAAGAGAGAGAGUGUCUGUGCAGAGAGAUAGAGAUACAGAAAGAGAGAGAGGCAUGGAGACUGCGAUACGCGGGAGGUUAACUCUCUCACCAAACACUGUCUUUAAUCCUAAACCAGGGGAGAAACAGUCUCUUUGCAAAGGACCAUGCACCAAUCGUGGCAUUCUCAUGGCUAUAUCAACCACAGGAGCAGGUAGAGCAGGAGUGUUGGAGAAGCCAGUUAUAGAGAGAACCACUCCUGGUCGUGAAUCUGAGUUUGAUGUGAGGAAAUCAAGGAAAAUAGCUCCACCUUAUCGAGUCAUACUGCACAAUGACAACUUCAAUAAACGGGAAUAUGUAGUCCAAGUACUGAUGAAAGUCAUCCCUGGGAUGACCCUUGACAAUGCUGUUAACAUCAUGCAAGAAGCACACUACAAUGGCUUGGCAGUGGUGAUUAUUUGUGCUCAGGCCGAUGCUGAAGAACACUGCAUGCAACUAAGAGGGAAUGGGCUUCUGAGUUCAAUUGAACCCGCGAGUGGUGGUUGCUAAAGACAGACAACCUAGUAGACCAUUUUGGUAUUGUUCACUGUUAAAUAUACCCUUUUUAGAAAUGUUAGAUGGUGUAUAUUUCAGUAGUGCUCUUAUUGUAUGAACCCUGGACAUCCCCUAUGGUCAAAAUUAAAAGACAAAGAGGAUGGUACUGAUUUUGAAUAAACCUGGUUCCAUUUACUACUCAAUCAAGGGUUGUUUCUAUCUUCUA